AUGUGUAACUACUUGGUCUUGAUAGCUAGCUAUUUGAAAUGGGCAUGGAAUUUCCUUCACUGCUCUUUCUUCUCCAAUAACCGCCUUGACAUUCCUGAAAUUCUCCAAGAAUUAAACCUUAGCUACUAUGAGAACAAGGAAGAUAACCCUAAAGAAUGUGCUGUCUGUCUUUCCAAGAUUCAAAAUGGAGAAGAAAUUAGAGAAUUGAGGUGCAGCCAUGUCUUCCAUAGAGUAUGCCUCGAUAGAUGGCUUGGUUACAAAUCAACCACAUGUCCUCUUUGCCGCGAUUUGAUAGGUCCACGCAAAACUUUAGCUGAUGCAGCUGGAAUUGAAGUUUUAGUGUUCAAGUAUUGUUCUUUCAAUUCCAGAAGUGACGGUGAGACUUGGUGGCUCAGAUGA